CACUGACCGGGAUGGCUGUACUGUGCACAGCCAUCCUGAGCAGUGUGCUCGAGCUGAUAGGGAGGAAGAUUGUUUGUAAACAAAACAAUCUUCCUCCCUGUCAGAGAUGCUUGGGUAUUUUUAAGAAGCAGCCAUGCAAAGCAGUGUGCUUACAAUGAAGCAUUAACACACAGCCCUAGCAAAACAGCACACAGCUAACCCUUUGAUCGCCCCUCAGGUUAACCCUUCCUAGUGCCGUUAGUACAGUGUCAGUGCUUUUUUAUUAGCACUGAUCACUGUAUUGGUGUCACUGGGGAUGACAGUGACACCAAGUCAGUUCCCCCCCAGUGUCAGAAUGCCCGCCGCAGUCCCGCUA